AUGAAGCAGACAGGCUUUUGUGGAAGAAUCUUGGGGAGGCCUUCAUGCGGCAGUGCAUUGAAAAAGGCUGAAGAUGAAGAUGAUGAUGAUGAUGAUAUAUGCACGUCAAAGUUAUGUGUGCAAAAACACACAUCAAAGUUUCGGGAAACUGUCAAAGAAGAAACUCAAAGGCACAAAGCUCCAAACAAAACCAUGGGACCAGUUAAAGUAGAUGUCCCUUCUCCAGAAAAGUUCUUGCAGAAACACUCAAAGGAACCAAAACUUGCUGACAAGAAACCAUUAAAAAAGCUAUGUGAUGAUCAGAAGAAACCUCGAUUACCACUCAGAACUGAUCACCCAGUCAUGGGGAUUCAGACCAAGAAGAACUUCAUCAAAACCAACGCCGCUGAAACUAUUAUGUCAGUGCCAAAGAAGCCCCAACCAAACUAUGUGGACACAAGAAGAGGAGACAAGCAACUUCUGGACACUUCAGGGCUUGUUCCAAAAUUUACAAAAAAAAAGGACUAUGGACAGACUCCUGAAUAUCUGAUAAAGAGAAAUGAAGAGGUGCAGAGGGCCCAGGAAGAGUAUGAUGCCUAUAUAAAGGAGCGGAUUCAACAAGGAUCAAUGAAGCAGCUCUCUGAUGAAGAAAGGGAUGCAGUUCUCCAGGGUCUAAAGAAGAACUGGGGGGAGCUCCAUCACCAAUACCAGGGCAUCUCUGUAGUCACUGACACAACACCAAAAAAGUACCGCAAGGAAAGGCUGGAGACAGAGAUGAAACAGCUGGAGAAAGACAUUGAUAUGAUUGAGAGACACAAAACGAUCUACAUUGCAAAUAAAUGA